GCGUAUGAUAAUGAAGACAAUUCUGAUCUUCAGUCUUGUAUUAUUUAACAUACAAGUCUUAGUUCAGGCUGGUAAACCGAAGACUGCAGAUGACUACAUGAACAUGUGUGUUAUAUUGCCAAUGGAAGGGGCCAGCAAGACAGCUCCAUCGCCCGAGCCAGAUUUGGAGUGUCCCAGUUUCCGAGAAAAGUCUUGCUGCAACACGAACGUAACUGCAGAUUUCCUGGAGAACCACGUGUGGGGAACAGUGGUAAACUACGUCCACUGUCCAGAGAAACCGCGUCUUUCCCCAAAGUGCGAGAGACUGACGCACCAAGAAAUGUGCUUCUUUGCCUGUUCACCAAAUCUCGGCCCGUGGAUUGCCAAGCCAUAUAAAUAUCCGGAUAUCAACCACCUUGAUCAGGCACCAAUUUGUGCCAGCCAAUGUAAAAAAUGGUGGAAUGCCUGCAAAGAGGAAUACACUUGCCACAAGGACUGGAUCGCUGACAUGGACUGGAACGUUCCAGAGAUAAACAGCUGCAAGGAGGGCUCGGUGUGUAGGAAAUACAAAGAGUUCUACAGCUCUGCGACCGACUUUUGCAACACCAUAUGGCACGGUGCCUACAAGGUGGUGCCAGACUCGGAACCCUGCAUGGUAUUUGCCUUCGACACAUCGAAACCAAAUCCAAAUACAGCCGUGGCUCAAGCUGCUGCCGAGGAAAAGGCGACUGCAUGAAACCGCUUUGUGGCUAAAGUUAGAAUUUAGUCGAA